AUGGACUCUUCUUGGCGUCAGGAGAACACGGGACUUAUCCAUGCGUCAGGGUGUGGGACGUGGCCCAACGUGCUGAACACGCCGUAUUCCCCGGGCACAAAUACGGCGUUAACUGCGUGGUACGCGGCGAUGAGAUUCCAGCAGUGUUUUAACGACGUGCCAGGGAUGGUUCGAAAGUUUGGUCAGUGCAGUACCUUGAAAUGGAGCGCUUGGAAAGCAUCCACAUUUCUUAGUGGGAGUUUGGCCCAUAUCCACUGUGGGGCUUUGUCGAACAAGUAUCUCGUAUCUGUGGGGUCCCAGCAUGACCAGGUUGUCAACGUAUGGGACUGGGGCCGUAAAACGAAACUCGCCUGCAAUAAAGCGUCGACGAAGGUGAAAGCUGUGGACUUCGCGGAGAACGGAGGCCAUUUCGUGGCAGUCGGCAACCGCCAAGUCAAAUUUUGGUAUUUCAAGAGCGCUUCAGCUGACAACGCGGAGCCGGAUGGAGCGCUCUUGACGGGUCGGUGCGCCAUUUUAGGCGAACAAGGGACCAGCGAUUUCGUGGACGUCGGUUGUGGACGCGGCGAUUGCGAGGAAUCAACAUUCGCUGUCGCCAAGUCUGGGAUCUUAUGCGAAUUCAACAGCGAACGACUGCUGUGUCGAUGGGUCGACCUGAGAAUGCGUUGGGCCGAGCACGAUUUGACCUCCUUUGUCCGUGACCUCCUAUUGUCAUCGCUUGCUUCGCAGACCACUUGUGCCAGGGCCCUCAGCGUCGGAUUCUCGUCAGUCGUGGUGGGAUGCGACGACGGCAUCGUCCGCUGCUUCGAUACGGAAACGCUCCUGUUCAAAACCACGCUGCCGAGGUCCCAUUACCUCGGCGUGGACGUUUCGAAAGGACUGGGGGUGAAACACAUGUCGAGUGAGCCGCGCAAAGAAGGGUACCCCACUUGCGUCGGCGUGAGGUACGACGAGAGCAGCGCUCUGGUCACAUGCAUCUACGACGACCACUCACUGUACGUAUGGGACAUCCAACAUGCGAACCGCGUGGGCAAGAGCCACAGUUUCCUGUUCCAUUCGGGCGGCGUGUGGGCCAUCGAAGGCUACCCGGCUGUGGGCAACGGGGCCAAGACUUUGCUGCCACCCGGUAGCUUCAUCACCUGUUCUGCCGACGACACGAUCCGCAUCUGGAAUCUCGACCCAAAGAUGACGAAGAACACGAGCUACAAGCGGAACGUUUACUCAAAUGAAUUGAUCAAAACAUUGUACGUCGACGAGAACUUGACCCAUCUUCGGGAUGUGAACCGGAAACUGUUCGGUUCGUCCGAGAAGGAGUCGGAAGGCUCCAUGUUGAACCAAUCUAAGGGCGUUCGAUGCAUCAAAAUUUCUCAUGACGGCAAGCACUUGGCGUCGGGAGAUAGAUCUGGUUACAUUCGGGUUUACAACAUGCAAUCCAUGGAACAAAUCGUGCAAAUCGAAGCGCACGAUUCGGAAAUCUUGGCGUUGGAGUACAGCGGACUGCAGGAUUCCCCGAAGCUAAGGUCCAAACCGAGGAGCUACUUAGCGUCGGCUGCCCGGGACCGUUUGCUCCACGUGUUUGCGGUCCACAAAGAUUACGACACUGCCCAAACGUUGGCUGACCAUUCGUCGGCGGUCACUUGCCUGCGUUUUGCGCAUCCUCGCGAAGGAGGCGUCCGGCUCAUGUCGGGCAGUUCGGACCGAUCCAUCGUUUUCCGGGAGUUCGACAAGCCGGAUGCUGGGGACGGAACGGUGGAUUUCACGAGGUAUCAUGACGUGACGGCGAGGAUCAAAUUACUGGACAUGGAGAUAGACCGCGUUGGCCAGAAGCUGCUCACAGUGGGUAACGACCGGCUCAUUCAUGUGUAUCAACUGUCCACUGGAAUGCCCAUCCGCAACAUGAAGGGCACUCGCUCGGAAGAAGCAACUCUUGUCAAGGUCACUUUAGACCCCAGCGGGCAGUACGCGGCCACCAGUUCGUCGGACAAAGCCAUUUACUUAAUUGACUAUUCCUCCGGCGAAGUCAUCGCGAUGAUGACUGGGCACGCGGAAAUCGUCACCGGUCUUUUCUUCACUGCCGACUGCAGGCAUCUGAUAUCUGUGUCAGGUGACAGCUGCAUAUUUGUCUGGCGGCUCUCUUCUGACAUGACGCGAGCGAUGCUGAGUCGACUGAAGAAAGUCAAACAAGGCGGCGGACUCCAAUUUCCAUUGCGACAAGCGACCUUGUCGGCUGCGAAAGAUAAUCAGCGGAAUUCAUCAGGAAAUGUGAAGAUUACGACAGAGGAAGUUGAAACUCAGUACCAGUUCAGCAUCGGUCAGCUGCCGUCAUGGGCCAAGAAGAAGAUCGAGAACCCGGGUUCUUUGAAUUCGUCGCAAUUGAACAUCAGCACCAGCAGUGCCUACGGACAAGCUCAUGGUUCCGAAUUCCCGAAAGGCAGAUGGGCUCAAAGGAUCGACAGCUCCCAGUCGCAAUCCUUGACUGUGCGGUCACAUCAUUUUUCGGACACAUCCAUACCCUUCCCCACAGCCCCUGUCGCGAACGGCGUGAAUGACUCCGAGUCGUCCAAAGAGAGUUCUUCCCUCGAAAGCAACACUGAAACGAGCGCCCCGAUGCUCGGAACGGCCCCGCGAUCCAUCGGAAGUGACAAAGAGAACAGGAGGCACCCGACCGAUGAAAGCAGCGUCACCAGCUUUCCGCGGGAGGAUGACGAGGCGGACCACGAAGGGGACAUUGACGAGGACUUCUCGGAACCCGAGGAAUACGGCGAAGGAUUUUCUUAUGACAUUCCGAUUUACGUUCCUACGUGUCGCGACUCGCAAACCUCUUACACUGUCAUGGAAGCAAACGAGGAGAUGCUGCGCCGAGAAAGUCAAUCGGACGGACUCCCGAACGAUUUGCAAAAUGUCUCGUCGACGUCGUUUUCUGGAAGUCUAGACAGUGAUCUGGAAUUGGAGGGAGAAUCCGGUGGACAAAUCCAGAAGGGUUGGAGUGAACAUGCGCAAUCAACCACAGCUUCAACUCCCAGCGUUGAUCAUGGCGUUAGUGUGAGUUAUGAGAGUUUGGAUGCCGGGAACCAGCAGUCGAUUUCCGUGCGAAGCCCAAUGCAGGAGAAGCCCUCCGUCCUGAAGGAUUCUGCGCAAAACCUCGAUCUGAAAAUCUCAUUAAGUGUUCAAAACGAAACUCUUCCUGCUGGUUAUGCGGACUCUCAAGCGAGCGGAAGCGUCAGGAAACUGGAUGCGCUGCAGCAAGAGCCGCAACAGCGAGAAAUUCGUCGCAGCCGACUUGAGCUCCAACGGCAGAUCGAAGAGACGCGGCGAAAGUUGGACAGUUUGGGACGUCCGGGACUUCGCGGCAGCGUGAGCAUUUCUGACCUGAGCCGAACCGUGGACUCGGAUAUCGAGUCGAACGGAAAUCAUUCACGACGAGCUUUCGCGUCGGGGGCAACGAAGUCACCGAGUAAUCGAUCAGAACGUUACGUUUCGGUUUCAGGAAAUAGAGACAGUGGCAUUAUGCGUAGGGCGUGUUCACUCUCUGACCUGACCGGUCCGUUGUCAGUCCCGAGACGUAUUCUACCUGCUCCUCCCACACAGGGGAAGAAAACGUCUCAAGAUCGAGUGCAAGUCGAACAUCGUCAGCGGUCACCCUCGGUCGGAAAUAUUCAGGCCAGAGGGUUAAUGGCUUCGGGCUCCCGACUUAAUGUUGAGGAAGGAAGCAGUGCUUCGAAGGCACGAAGACGUUCUCGAAGCCACGGCUUAUCUUCUUCGCAAUCAAUUGGCGACCUUCGUCAUCGCCGAGGUGCCGAUGAUCCAUCGAGUUCGGAGGAGAAUUUCACUUUAGGGAGGCGAUCACGGAUACAAGAUCCUCAUAAAUUCGGAGGAAGUCAGCUUGAAUUAUCCAGAGAUUCCAUGGAAAGUUUGAAUAAUCGAUUGACUCCUGAACGUCAGGGAAAAUCUACAAGACCAACAACCUUGAAUGUGAACGACAGUUCAUCCCAUCGUCGAAAACAUCCUCCAGUGAACCGUCAACUUUGCGAGAAGGCAACUUCGGACUUGAUGUGUGUGUCACGGAAGGUCUCUCAGCUGUUCAACAAGCUGUAUAUAGACCCAACUUACCCCGAGGGAGAAAAACGAGGUCUUUUGCAACGCCUCGGCCAUGCGGCGAUGCUGUCCCGCGACGAGCUCGGCCGGGUGAUUGAAUUUUACGCGGGUGACGGGCAAGGUCACUCGUCCUCCGCGUCCGUCAGUCAACGACCUGUGUCAUUCGCUCCCGUCAUGGGACCUAGUCCUGCUUUUCCCAUGACAGGUGUACCGAUGCAGAUGGGAAAUCCGGUUGUAGUUCAAUUGAUGCAGCAGUUCGUGGCCCUCAUGCAGCAACAGCCUACUCCGGGAGUUGUUCGACAUCCUGAGCAAUCAGCGGGUGGCACCCCUGAUUUUGGUUCACCUGUAACUGAAACACCUAGCCCAUAUCAAGAUGGACCCUCGGAUCAUUGAAUCACUCCCAAGUUUUCGGCACCAUGAUUUUCUUUGAAAAAAAUUUCGUUUUCGAAGAAAACGCUGUGUGGCGUGAAACAAACGGAUUUAACAUGUCUGCGCGAAAUGGUGCCUGAUUGGGGACAUAUUGUUUUUGUUUCGUCGAGACCAUAAUACUCGGGCACGUGAGAUUUUUUAAGCGAUAAUAAUGCUUAAUGUUUUGGAAAUGGGCUUUCGGGCGUUUCGCUGCGGCGCUGAGCAGAGAUCGGAAGGAAUUGUGAUGGAGAGAGACAGGCAGCAUCAAGUGCUGCUCAUCAUGGUAGGGUUGCACUUUGUUUUUGCGAGGUUUUCGACAGCUGAACGUGUGUGCCAUUAAGUCAGCAGUCCUGCCCUUUCCAUGACCAUGUGAAAAUUGCUUCCAGUGACUUCGUUCUUUUUCCUGCAAAGGCGAUUACGGGCACCGAAUUUGUCAGCAGUAUUGUGGUGCCUAAGUGAGUGCUGUGGUUUGCUGACCACUGGACUGUGUGUGUGUGUUUUGUUUUUUUCAUGAGAUACGCUUUUUGUUUGAAUGCGGUCCGACGCGUAUUUUUUUCCAUCCCGCUCAGCGGAGAGUGAUCGUGACAAAGAAUGAAACGAAUUCCGUUUUUAUUCGCUUCCUUUUUGGGUGUCGGGGUGAUAAAUCUCUCUGAGAUGGGAUCAGCAACAGGAAGCAUUGAAAGAAUUUCAUCAUAAACUGUGCCAAUAGUUCGCGAUCAAGGGAGGCGAUUUUGUGUUAUCGACGGAGUCUAAUUAUUUGUAUUUUUUAUUUUUGACUGUCGGUGCAGACCUUGUAGGUGCCAUUUCCUGCGCCCGACGCGAAUCUUUCCUCGCCGUGUGUUGCUAACGCGAUUUUUUUGUUUCAUUCGUUGCCAAACUAUUGUUCUGCACAUGACUUUUCGCGAACUCUCCGCAAUUUGUCUCAUUCGCGACGGUUUGAAUCGCUAUAUCACUGUGUCGUAGAAUGAGUAAUCGUAUUCCUCCUUUCUAUAGAAGUUCUCAGUGCUCGAACAUCGGUUUUGAGCAAUUUUUAUUGUUAAUGAUACGAUCAGGCUUUGCUCUCUCUCGUUAUAUAUCUCUGUUCUGCUUCCUUACUUCUCUUUCGUGAAAAGCCUGGUCUCUUCGUUGUAUAACGCGAGAAAACAAUAAAUUGCGCAAUACGUUAUGAAAAA